AUGCGACUCCUAAGCGCAUUCCUAAGCAACUGCUCGGCGCAGACGACGAGGGAACGCUGGCGGCCGCCGGCAGCCGAACCGUUCCUGGGCAAUCGAUGCCCCCGUGAAUCAGCAAAAAACUCACAGCCGCCGCAGGUCUGUUUGUUGCUGACGUCGGCAAAAAUAGGUCAAAGUCGGCUGAUGGGGAAAAACGUUCUUUAAACGUCAUCUCAAAUGGUAUUUACAUCAACGUCUGAUUUGUCAGCUUUUGUGAAAAGCAUUGUGAGAUCAAUUUUUCGAGAGGAAUCGGAUUGAACUUGAGGCCGAUAACUUUUAGAAUACUUUAGUUUCCACAUUUCACAACUGUCCAUACUGAGGAUCAUCAAGAUUUAAAAAAAUAUAUCUGAAAAGAGCCGAGUUUGAACUCUGCAUUUUUUAGUCAAAGUCAUUGAGCUUCUUCAUGCGCCUUUGAAGCCUUCAUAAGCUGUUUAUCCCUGUUUCAUUGAAAAUGUGAAGAAAAAAAGCCCUUAGCGACAAAGAUUAAAAACUCCAUACUAAGCCUAAUAAAUAGGAUUCUUGAGUCUUCUAUUAGAAAAAAUUUUUUUUUCAAAUUUUCAAAACUUUUGGGAAAAAAAGUCACGUUAAUUAAGAUACUCUGUCCUCUUUGCCUGGCUUGUAGAAAAUUAUCAUUUCAGAUACAAUUUUCGAAAUAGAAUCAGAGGCUAAUUGUCCUAUUUGAAAGCUCCUGAAUAUAUUUCAGUUUGGGAUUAACUUAAAUAGGAUUUCUUUAUCGACUCAAGCUUGCAAAAUCAUAAUUUUUGACAGCAACGAAACCAUUCAAAAACCGAUUCUCCCACUCCAAAAAUCUAUGAAUUUCAUUCUUAAAAAUAAGAAACUACAGAUUGCGAUGAUUGGAAGAAAGUUGAGAAGCCCCUCAUCUCGGAAUAUUUCCUAACCAAUAUCCAUCCGCUUGUAACUCAGAAGUUCCCAUCUCUUUUUUUGUUGGGUGGUCCCGUGGACAUGGGGAAGCUGUUCAUGUUUACUUGGUUCUUUCGCUCCUGUGAGCGUGAGUUUUUUGUGCGCGUUAAUAUAUGUCGUGUGAUGUGAGCGUUCGUUUGCACCUAAAGAGGCGAUACGUCAUCAAAAACAUAAGUUUGGAAGUUUUGGUUUGCCUCAUGAUGCGCAUUAACGAGAGGAGGCUCGAAUAAUGUGAUAUCUUAUCAUUUUUUGAAGGAUCCUAGACCUUAUGGCGUUUCUCAAUGGAAAAAGAUGGAAUUUUUUUGAGUUAUUGAAUGAUUUUUUUCUAUUAAAUCCGAAAAAAAUAAAUGAAAUUUCAAGCUUCGCAGCUUGAAAGUUCCAUUUUUAUAAAUAAUAAUUUAAUUUAACGACUUUUUCUGUAUUUUCUCAUUGUCGCAAUAACGUUGGAAUUCUCCCUAAUUCAGAGCCAGGUUAGCCCAAUUCAAAAAUUUUUUCCGUGCAGACCAUCAAUUACUUGUUUUUGCAAUUCUCGAGACUAUCAAUUGAGGCUUUUUUUUGUCGCUACCAACUUAUUAUUCUGACCUGACUUUUUCACAUAAUGCCAAAUUUCAAUUUUUCAACUAGCAGCUCAAAAAAAGUUUUCCUCACUGGCUUGAUUCUUUGAUUUUUCGAAGGCUACAUGUUUUUUCGUUGCUCUUUCUGAGUGAUAAGGACGCUUCCAAAUACUCACGUUUUCGAAAUUUUCAGUAUAAAGACUGAACAAAAACAGCGCAAAAUUUAGAACCACCCACUUUCAUCAAGUUUUUUUCCUUUUUGUGACGUGAGCGGCUUUGUGAGCGUUCGGAACGUGAAAAAAAAACAAGGCCGAUGAUUUGAAGGAAGAGAGUGCCGACGGCCGUGCUCUCGGCCGCUCUCGGCGUCCGGCUGGCGCCUCGGCGCCAGUUAACUCCGCCCUCUCUUCGUCCCUCGCGCCGCCCGCUGCUCUUGUGACGAUCAGCUGA